AUGCCGCCUGCAUCCUACUUGGCAACCGACACACAAAGGGUUGAUGCGCUGUGGGUUACCGUGACAGAGGCGAUAGACAAGCUGAAUCGUUUGUGGACGGAAGUGACUUUGCUCCGUUCACAGGUAGACAAACUGAGCUCUUCGCAAUCGGAUGUGAGCUCACUCCCUGCGAAGUUUCGCGAGCUUGAGGAGGGCUUACUGGAGGCACUGGUCAACAUUGAGUGCCGCCUCGACGUGCUUCCUCGCUCACAGACCGUGACGACCACUAGCGAUCAUGAUCUUGGGCCGGAGACGACAGAUACUUGCUUGGAUUGCAUGGACUGA